UGGUAUUGUGACAAACCCCAUCAAUAAUGAGCUCAACAAUAGCACAAUUGGAAUCAUCCUACUUUCACCAUACAGCUAUAAAACAGUCCUGCAAAAUCAGCCAAGUGCAGCCUCUCCAUAGACAAACGAAGAUUGAACGUCCAACAGCCUCGUCAUCACAAUCCAAAAUCUAGCGCACUUCCUCAAUCCUAUGACCACCGCAGGUCCAUAUCCUGUCGCAGAUUUUGAAUUCCCGGAUGAUCAUUCAAACCGCAUUCGACCUCCCUCUUCUUGCACAUCAACUAUAACCAAAAAAUACAUACCACCGGCGGUUCCUUCGCCUCCGCGAUUUUCGAACCACCAUUUACCUCCCGAACAACCAGUUGAUCGAACGAAGCACGCAUUGUUACGAGAAAUGCCGAGCAAGAUGUUUGAUCAAUGGACCUUUACCGAGGCGGAGCUCAAAGCGACUCCCUCCAAUUUAGAAGGCCUCUCGCCCGAGGAGGAACGCACCCGUAGAGCAAAAGGAGUUUCUUUCAUGUCAUCAAUUGGAAACAUGCUACACAUUCCCAUGACCACUGUGAGCGUCGCAAGUCUCUACUUCCACCGCUUUUACAUGCGUAGAAGCAUGGUCCUAGAUAAGAAGGGCUGCACAGGGAUUCAUCACUAUGUAAGUUCUUUCUCUAUCACUAAAUUAUGAAGAGUAAUUGCUCUCUACAUCACACUUCUUAACUCAAACUUUACUCCGCUCCAAAUCGAAAUUGUAAGGUUAAGUAUUGCGAUUUUGAUUGCUUCAGUCUUUUUUGCUUAGUUUUGCUAUACUUCUCCCGGAGCAAUGAUACUAAUCGACUCUUAUCAGGAGAUUGCAGCGACGGCUCUAUUCCUGGCGACGAAAACCGAAGAAACCAUUCGAGGAACCAAACUUUUCAUCUUUGCCUGUAUCAAGGUUGCUCAGAAGAAUCCGAAACUCGAAGUUGAUGCUAGCUCUAAAGAGUACUGGCGAUGGCGCGACAGUAUUCUCAUGUAUGAGGAACUUAUGCUGGAAUUAUUAUGUUUCGACCUUUCUGCGACAUCUCCACUGAAAUACCUCGUGAAUUUCUUUGAGGAAUUUACACAUGUUGGUAUUGAGUCUGCAAUUAUUAAAGAACUCCGCAAUUACACAUGGGCAUUAAUCUGCGAUACACACCAUUCAACGUUAGGUCUCAUGACAAGUGCGCGGACCAUUGCGAUCACAACUCUUUUGUUUGCAGCGACUGCUAAAAAGGUCGAAAUACCCCGGAUAAAUGGGAGAGAUUGGUGGGAGCACCUUGGGGGUACUGAACCUAAGAUUGUUGAAGCUGGGCUUAUUUUACAUAAAUUCCUAAGCAAUAGCCCUUUUCAGAUCACGGAUCAGGACCAGCCUGGAAAUACGGCUGCCAAAUACUUACACGCCUCAAGCGGGAAAGAGGAACUGAAUGGUGCUGUUUCUGCUGUAAACCCGGAGCAGGCUCAGAAGGAAAAUGGAAACGGCCAUAUCCAUGGGAAUGGCACAAAUGGUUCGGAAAACAACUCCCGGUCAGAUCCUGAUGUCCAUAAAAAUGAUCCAACUGAAAAGACCGAAAAUGGUCAUUCAGAUAGCAAGCCACCCACUUCUUUAACGACUGAUGGUGCUCGACCUUCGCCUCCCUCUGGAACGGAUGAUGCUCCUUUAAAAGCAGCAGCCAAUGAUCUUUCAAGCCACGACCAAAUUAAUUCCUCAAAUGAUUCUUCGUCAAAUAUCGAUCAUGACAUGAAAGCGACCCCGAAACGCAAGGCAGAUGAACAAAUAGAUGAGGCACCGCUAGCAAAGCGAGCAAGAACAGAAGAUACAAGCUCUGAAACUCUUGCGGAUAUCCCUGAGCCUCCAAAUGAAGACAAAGAAAUGCCAGACGAGAGCCAAGAUACUAUACAAAAUGGUAAGGAUGAUGCUCAAAAAGAUGUUGAGCUUAAUUCCGAACUUGAACCCAAAACUGCUCCUGCCGCAACUGAUGGUGGCAUAGACGCGGAGGAGCAGCAUGAAGAAGGAGAGUUGGAGCAAUAAAAGUUUUAACUACGAUACGUACUUGGCUUAACCAUGGUGUUUUUGGUUCACUUCUUGUACUAUUGGACUAGGGAAAUAAACGGAGUUGACGGGAUACACCAUGUUUUUUCGGAAGGAAGGAAAAGGACUUCCGUGGAGUUUUAUUCGGACCUUGGGAAAGGGGCGAAGGUGGGGUGUAAAAUAGCAAAUGGAUGGUUGACGUUUGAGAGGGUGGAAGAAGAUUUUGAAGUACAGGGAGUAUUACGUCCUCACAAGACCAUAAUAUGAAGAGCACGAAGUUUGUCAAUGACCUUUCCUUGUUCAUAUGCUAUUCAUUCAGCUCUGCACAAGAAGUACUUUAUCAUAGAAAUAUACCACAGUAUUCAAAUUAUUGAAAAGCUCAGCUUUAUCCGCGU